AUGAGUAAAUCGUAUCCUCCACAAAGUUCUCACAUUCCACCUGAUCCCAAUAUGGAGAGGCCAAUACUCAAUUGGAGAGGUCUCUUUGAUAGAACCAAAAGACAUCCGAGAACAACUGUAACUGAUAGAAAUCUUGCCGAAAGUGAUGAUGGAAAAUUCUCUUUACCGAUUCGGCCGAAUGAAUAUAAAUUGAUGAAACAGAAAUAUUUUAAUGAUUUAUUAAUGAUGAUCAAGAUAAAAAAUUGUUGGGAAUUUAAAGACCAAUUAUUGGAAGUUAUUGAGAAGGAAAAAGAAAAUUAUCCGAAUGAUUUGGUGAAUAUUAAUUUAUUGAAAUCGUAUUUACAGGAAUCGAAAGUGGAUUCUAAUUUUUUGGAUUAUUUCGGAAAGCAUGUCUUGUUAAAACAACCCGAACAACAAGUUUUGCACGAAAACAUCCUUGAGGAACCAGUGGAAGGGAAAGCUCAAUCAAUGAUUGUUGGAGAAGACUUUUCACAAUAUGAUAAUCACAAAAUUUAUUCCCUUUAUGCCAAAUAUCAUAAUUGCAUGCAAUAUACUUUUCUGAAAAUCAUCACAAUAGAAUCAGUGUUGAAUUGUAAAAGACCACUCGCAGAGUAUCGAGCUCUUCCUCUACAUUUUAUACAGUUUGAGAAAAAAACAGAACGAUAUUGGAAAAAGUAUGAACGGUGUGUUUUGAAAAGUGCCGCUCGAAAUGCAUAUUAUACUGAAAAAUAUCGCCAAGCUCACAAGGACCAAAUCAGUAGUGACAUGUAA